CUAGGAUACAUAUACCAGGGAUGAACGUCACCUGGUCUCCCUAUCGUACUCUUGACUCGCCUCGAUCGCUAUCGGCAGAUCUUAAACCUUUUGGCCCUGUAGCCCAUCUUGCGGAAAAUGUGCUCCAUGAGCAUCGCCGUGACUCUGGUUCUCGUGGCACUGGGGGCCCAAGGGCUGCCAACUGUAGGGCUGCCCCCCGGCGGACUGCCCCCCGGCGGACUGCCCCCCGGCGGGUUGCCCCCCGGCGGGUUGCCCCCCGGCGGGUUGCCCCCCGUCGGGCUACCCAUUGUCAGUCGGCCUCCAUGCGAUUCUCCUGACAUAGAAGCUGUAGCCAUGGUGGCUCAGGAUUACCUAAAUGGCCAACACACUCACGGCUACAAGUACGUCCUGAACAGGAUUGAGGACGUAAAGAUCAUCACAACGCUCAGUGGAGAAGCUACAUACCUGAUGGAGGUGGACCUAUUGGAGACAAGCUGCCAUGUGCUGGAUCCCAAGCCUCUUACCAACUGCUCUGUCAGGCCCAAAGUGAUGACGGCAGUUGAAGGAGACUGCGACGUGGUGUUGAAGCAGGUGGGCGGGGCUCUAAGCGUCACCGCCUUCAAAUGUAAAACUGAAGAGUCAAGAGAAGACAUGUGCCCCGACUGCCCCACCCUCCUCCCCCUGAAUGACACCAUUGGAUUAGACUUUGUCCAGGCGUCUCUAGGAACCUUCAACGUCAGAACCAAUCAGACCUUCAGCCUAAUGGAGGUUGGGAGGAUGUCCAAAAAGCCGAUAUCUGCUGGAGACAUCAUUGCCGCUGAGUAUGUCAUAAUAGGAGCCAAUUGUACAAGCAGUGAAUGUGUGCCCUUGGAUAAUGCUGAACAAGGCUUUUGCGUGGCAGAAGGUUUGGGUUCUGACUACACCGUCGACUGCACUAUGUUUGGCGUUCUGUCAAUAAACGACAGCAGCACUGCAGCCUCCAGUCCUUCCCUCCUCCCAGUGAUCCAGCCAGGUCUGAGACACCACAAACUCACCCUCAUCCAUAACCCCGGGCUCAGCGGACUCCUGUCUGCCGAAUCCGCUGGCGAGUCCGGCGAAUCCACUGAGUCCGGUGAGGUGGUUCAAGUGGUGCUUGGGUCACCAACCUCCGUGGCGGCUGACCCUCCCCUGUCUACUCUCGUCCCCGUUAACGCUGUUCUCGACCCGGUCAUGGAGCUCUUGCCAACUCUACCCGUCAACCUGACAGUGGAGGACAAAGACAUAGCUGAUGUCGUGCCAACGGUUGGCUCCAUCCCGACCGCGGGUCUGCCAGCCGGUGAUGACAGCACAAAGGCUGUGGUAGUAAAAAGGGCAGCAGAAUCAGUUAAGCCCGUCAUGCUUGAUGUCACAGAACUGACCCUUCCUGUUCCACAAUGUCCCGGGAGGAUCAGACACUAUUAGGGGUUUGGCGGUUCCUCGUCACAGCGCAAAGACUCCACAGCAUCGCAGUGAGGGCUGUCCUGAUAUACCCCAACAUGUCCUGCUGAGGCCUGGCUUUAUAUUACGGGGAACUAGCUGCAGAACAUAAGCAACUGAAGAUUCAGCCAAAUAUAAACACUGACCGAUCAAUAAAGCUAUCCUUAUGGUUGUAUAUUCUC